UCUCCAUCCUCCUCCACUCCCCCCCCCCCCCCCUCUGCUUCUGAUUCCUCGACACAAUGAACGUUGCUUCCUUCAGGUCGGCGCAGAAUGUCGCCAGGAUUCUGACAUCCGCUUCGCGUCCCCAGCUUGCGUCCCAGGCCCGCGCUCGUGUGUUCAGAUACUCGACUGCAGCUCCUGCUGAGAAAUCGUUCCAGAACCAGAGCAGGCUGCCUCGUCUUCCCAUCCCUUCCUUGGCCGAGACAGCCGCACGCUACAAAAAGUCCCUAGUCCCAAUCCUGAGCGAGACGGAUUUCUCCAGAGCCGAGAAGGCCGUUGAUGAGUUCAUCAAGCCCGGCGGAUUGGGCGAGACCCUUCAGUCCCGUCUGCACGACCUGGACAAGACUGAGAAACAUUCCUGGCUCGAGACCAUCUGGCUCAACAAGGGGUACCUUGAGUGGCGCGAGCCGUCGAUGAUCAACGUCAAUUGGUGGGCCCAGUUCAAGGACUCGCCCACUUUUAAUCUGGAGCAGGCCCCUGCCCGUGGGGUGGUCUCGGAUGUGCAGAUCCAAAGGGCGGCCAACUAUGCGAGCUCAUUGCUCACGUUCAACGACCAUGUCAACAACCAGACCAUGCCCCCCGAGUACCAGCGCACGACUCCGUUGUGCAUGAACCAGUACAAGAACCAGUUUGGAGCGUAUCGUGUGGCAGAGCUGCCUAGAGAUCGCAUCGUGACGACUUGGCCGGCGACCGCGAACUACAUCGCAGUGAUGAUGAGGGAUCAGAUCUAUAAGGUGCCCGUUUCAGGACCCGAUGGUGAGCGUGUCUCGAUCAAGGCGAUCGAGCAGCAAUUGAGACAUGUGGUCGAGGCUGUCAACAACUUGCCGGAGCAGGAGAAGCAGGCUGCCGUGGGCGUGUUGACGUCCGAGAACAGGGAUACGUGGGCCAAGGCUCGUCAAACGCUCUUAGGUCUGUCGCCCCAGAACCAUGCCUCGUUGUCGUUGAUUGACCAUGCAUUGUUUGUGAUCUGCUUGGAUGACUACAGCUCAGAUAGAGACAUCGAUGUCUCGCACCACAACAUUUUCCAUGCGGGCAAUGCUCACAACCGUUGGUUCGACAAGUCGAUGCAAUUCAUCUUUGAGAACAACGGACGCGCCGGUAUCAACGGAGAACAUACCCCUGCAGACGCCGUCAUCCCUGGACGUAUCCUGGAUGAGCUGGUCAAAAGUGAGAAGCAUGCUGAGCCCCUUCACGCGUCGAAUGUCCAGCUUCAGCCCAUUGAACACGUCAAGUUCGUGAUCAACGAUGAGAUCAAGGAGACGAUUAAGCAGGCAGAGGUCAAUGCCAAGAAGAUGAUCGACAACGUUGACAGCUGCCUCAUUCACUUUAAUGAGUACGGUUCUAACUGGCUGAAGAGUGUCAAGUGCUCGCCUGAUGCCUACGUCCAGAUGGUCAUGCAGCUAGCCUAUUAUCGUCAUUAUGGCACCUGGACGCCCACAUAUGAGUCCGCAUCGGUUAGAAUGUUCUUGGGUGGCCGCACAGAGACUGUUCGCUCCUGCUCAGUCGAUAGUGUUGCAUUUGUCAAGGGAUUCGAGAGCAAGCAAGCGGAUACGACGGAGAAGCAGCGUCUGUUGCAGAAGGCGAUCCAGUCUCACCUCGAGUACAUGAUGGCCGCCUCUGCAGGCAAGGGUGUAGAUCGCCACCUGUUGGGUCUCCGCUCGAUGAUGCAGACGCCGGAGGAACAGAAGCAAGCACAGAUCUUCCAGGACCCAUCCUAUAUCCAAUCCAUGUACUACAGACUGUCAUCUUCUAACAUGUCACCUGGCGACAAUUUCUGGGGUGGCUUUGGACCAGUGGUGCCAGAGGGCUAUGGUAUCAACUAUGCGAUCGGAAAGGAGAACAUCAAGUUCAGUAUUUCAAGCCUGAAGAGCUGCAAGGAGACCAACUCGCGCGAAUUCAGAGAGACCAUCCUGGGAGCUUUGAGGGAUAUGAAGAAGUCGAUGGCGUAGAGAUGGUUAGGAAGGGGAAGACGGAGCAGUAAAGAGAUGCACUCCUAGCAGAGAACGUACAUAUAUAUAUAUACUGAAUAAACGUUCAUUCAUGCAUUUUGCCU